UGGUCACCUUCCCAACUCGCCGCCGUAGCCGCAUGACACCCGCCGCCGGCCGGCCAUCCCCUACGGUCGCCACCCUCCUCGGCCGCUGCCGCACCGCCUGCUGCGUCGCGCAGGUCCGAUCCCGCAUCGUCCUCCUCGGCCUCCAAAACCACCAAGCCCUCCUCGCCCGCUUCGCCACUACCUGCAAUGACCUCGCGUCCCCCUCCUCCAUCGCCGCCGCCGCCAGCAGGCCAUCCCCCGCGGUGGCCACCCUCCUCGGCCGCUGCCGCACGACUCGCUGCGUCGCUCAGCUCCACGCCCGCAUCAUCCGCCUUGGCCUCCACAACCAUCACGCCCUCCUCGCCCGCUUCGCCGCUGCCUGCGACGCCCUUGAGUGCCCCUCCGUCGCCGCCUCGUUCAUCACCGCGCUUCUCGAAUCCCACGCCGCCCCGCUGCGCCUCCGCAAUGCCGUGCUUGCGUCCCUCGCUCGCCACGCCCCGCUCCACGCCGCGCUCGCCGAGUUCAACCUCCUCCUCCGACGAGGCGUGCGCCCCGACUCCUUCUCAUUCCCUUGCCUCCUCCGCGCGUGCGCCCGCGCAUCCUGCAUCCCAGCCGGACGCGCCCUGCACGCCGCCGCCAUCCGCCUCGGCGUCCACGCCGACCUCUUCGUCCGCACGGCGCUCAUCCAGUUCUACGGGAGGUGCGGAACGGCCUGCACGGCCCGGGCUCUAUUUGAUCAGAUCGACAUCCCCAGCGAUGUUUCCUGGACCGCCAUUAUUGUGGCGUAUGUCAACAAUGGUGACAUUGUCGCCGCCAGAGAGCUGUUUGAUAGAAUGCCACAGCGGAACGUGGUGCACUGGAAUGUGAUGGUUGAUGGGUAUGUAAAGUGUGGGGACUUGGAGGGCGCAAGGAGGCUGUUUGAUGAAAUGCCUGACAGAACUGCUACGGCAUGCACAUCGUUGAUUGGUGGGUAUGCAAAGUCAGGGAACUUGGAAGCUGCUAGAUCAUUGUUUGAUAAGUUAGAGGACCGGGAUGUGUUCUCAUGGUCAGCAAUGAUAUCAGGUUAUGCGCAGAAUGGUUACCCUGGAGAGGCAUUGAUGAUUUUCGAUGAGUUCCAAGAGCAAGGCAUACGUCCAGACGAGCUUGUUGUUGUUGGUCUGAUGUCAGCAUGCUCCCAAUUAGGUAACGCCAGGUUGGCACGGUGGAUUGAAGAUUACAUCGCAAAGUACUCGAUAGAUGUGAACAAUGUCCAUGUGUUGGCUGGCCUUGUGAACAUGAAUGCAAAGUGUGGGAACUUGGAGAGGGCUACUGUUUUGUUUGAGUCAAUGCCAGUUCGAGAUGUGUUUUCAUAUUGUUCACUGAUGCAAGGUCAUUGCCUCCAUGGUUCAGCUAAUAAGGCUGUUGAACUUUUCUCUCGGAUGCUUUUGGAGGGCUUUUCCCCCGAUAAUGCUGUGUUUACAGUUGUUUUAACAGCUUGCAGUCAUGCUGGUCUAGUAGAAGAAGGGAAGAAGUUCUUUGAUAUGAUGAAGAAUGUGUACUUGAUUGCGCCUUCUGGUGAGCAUUAUGCUUGCCUUGUCAGUCUUCUUGGAUGCUGUGGGAUGCUAAAUGAGGCAUACGAGCUUAUAAUGUCGAUGCCAGGGAAACCUCAUCCUGGAGCAUGGGGUGCACUGCUGGGCGGAUGCAAGCUUCAUGGUAACAUUGAGCUUGGAAAAAUUGCAGCAAAGAAGCUUUUUGAAAUUGAACCGGAUAAUGCUGGAAAUUAUGUCUCUCUAUCAAAUAUGUAUGCUAACAUUGACAGGUGGGGAGAUGUUUCUGAACUUAGGGCUGAGAUGACUGAAAAGAGGAUAACAAAAAUUGCAGGUCGUACCCUAGUUUUGCAGUGAAGCUGUUUUGACUAGAACGAUGGUAUUUAUCUUGACUUAUGUUGCUGGGCCCCAUUGAAACCUUAGGGGGUUGCGAAUGAAGAAAAGAGACCUCAUGACUGCUAUGAAUGGAUGGAAAACAAGAUAUCAUUACUGAAGUCAUGCAGAUGGCGGAAGUUCAGCAUAAACUGAUAUAGACAAAAUGCUGAGCGACAGGCUGUUGUGUUAAUAAUAGGCAGGAAACCACACUUAAUUUGCUUAGUGUUCUCAUAGUUUCCUGCCAAUUAAACAUUCUUAGAGCUGGGAGGAUGCUUUGAUUGCUGGUGAGACCAUCCACUGCUGCCAUUGCUGAUGAAAUGAUUUCCUGAUUGAUGAUUUGAGAUUUUCUGGAGAAGGGUUACAAAUUACAUUAAUGAUUGGUAAUCGCUUGGAUGUGAAACCAACUGAGCUGUUGAACACCAUCUUCUCAAGUAAAUGAAAACACAUGUUCAUUUAUGGCUUGAACUUGAAUAACACCAGCGUCUAAAUGAGAUCUAUCGCUUCAGAAGUUCAUUUACUAUAAGUUAUGGAGCUGCUGAACAUGCAUGCCUCAGUAUAUAAUCCUGCGCGUGGUCACUGCUGAGUUCAGUUGCAUUUUCCAAACACAACUAGCACUGGAGUAUUUCUUUUAUGGGUGUUCUUGUAAUCUCUUGCAGGCUUCGUGGAAGAUCAGGUUGCUGUUGUACAAAUAUGGUCCUGAUCAAGACAUGAAGUUUUUUUGUAUUUGUUAUGAAGGUGUGGAUGAAAAAGGGCGGCCUGGUGCAAGUGGUAGUGCUUGCCGCCUGUGAACCGAGAGGUCACAGGUUCGAGCGGUGGUCUCUACACAUUGCACGGUGUGUGGGAAAGACAUCCUGCUAAUAACCUCCCCCAGACCCCGCGCAGUGCGGGAGCCUACGACACUGGGAUUUGAAGGGAUUGCAUGCAGUAUGCAAUGAUGGGCCACUUUACGAAUAAAUGACACACUUCUGGAUAAUUGGCUACGGCACACAUUACUUCAUUUUUUUUGGCCAUAUUGUGGCUUUUUACUGAUAAGUUUUUGCUGGAUAUUACAUGCUUAUGUUACUCGGUGCUAUAUGAUUAUUGUUAGGUGCUUCUCCAUAUCACUGCAUUGUCGCUCGAACAAUGAAGAUGACUUUCACAGGUCUCUUGGGAAAAAAUGGUAAUUAUCUUGGUUUA